AGAAAUUCUGUUCAAAACUUUUGUGUUCCCCACUAUCUGACAACAGUAAUAAUAAAAUCGCAGGAAUUUAAUUGUGCUGUGCCGGUGGGUUGAUAUUAAAAUCAGUUGCAGAGCCAAAAUUUUCAGAGCGCAGAGCAGUGCUUGAAAACUGAAGCUUGAGGGAUUCUGAAGACUUGAAGCAAAGCUUGUGAGUGGUGAUUAGAGCAUAAUUUACUGAUCAAAUAUAGAAGAGGAAGAAGAAAGAUUACUUGAGAGUUGAUUGCUUCUAUUUUUCCCCCCACUGUUUGAUUUAAGGAAAUACUAAAUUAUGUACAAAAUGAGUUUCCCUCCCUCUUUCUCCCUCGAACACCAACUACUAGCUUUUUCAUUUUCUCUCAUUGCUGCCCUUCUUCUGUUAAGAUUUUUUGGUUAUUGUAUUUGCUCAUUCUCUUCAACUUUGUUAGUUUUGGUUCUACCGAUUUCUUUUCAUUUUAUCUUCUCAAAGAUCAAGAAGUUUAUUGAGGCCAAUUUUAUGGAGGAGCAGAACUUUGGCCUAAGACAUUCAAUAGAAGAAGUGGAAGAGAUUAGUGAAGAGGCCGACACAGUUAAAGAAGAAAUCAGUGAGCUUAAGACGGACGAAAUAGUCCUCAAUGGCGAAUGCCCAUCCAUUGAGAAGGAUAAUUGUUCAAUCUCUAAUGAAAAUCUAGAGAACUUGAGCCGUGACCAAAACUCGCAUUGUUCAGUUCCUGGUGACGAUGUAUCAUCCGAGAUGGAGAGUUCUGAAGAUUCGAUAUCAGAUGACGAGAGCCUCAUUGAGAUUGCGCUUGAAGACGAGCCAAAUGCUGUAUUUCAUCAAGAAUCAAAGGGAGGAUUAUUUCCGGAGUUCUUGCCUGAGUUCUCGCCAGAAUUAUUGUUCAAGAAGCAUGGAUUGUUAGACUUACUGUCAGAAAUCAAUGAAGAGGAUAAUAUGAUUGAGAUUGACAUCAAAAUGGGCUCUAUCAAGUGCUCAAGAGUUGAGAUCAAGGCAUGAGUGAGUAUAUAAAUUUCCUUUUGGCUCCUUAGUAAUGUUCGCAUAACUUCUCAAUUAUUAGAGGGUUUUUAGGGAAGCAGAGAGGGUUCCUUUUGCUAAACUCCUAAUCUUGCUCUAAUUGAAAUUUAAAACGUCUUUUAAUUUCAUGGAUUCACAGAUGGGCCAGUGCCUUCCCUAUAGGGUUAGGGUGUGCCUAAAUGGACUUGAAAUUUUUUAAGAGGUUUUAGGGUUGGAAGUCUAUCGCUUAGCCUAGUUUCUUGGAAAAAUUAUAGCAACUUAAUUUGUGUCAUGCUUAUGUGUUUUUCUGUAUGCAUAAAUAAAUAAAUAAAAACAGAUGUUAUAGUUUGAGCUGUA